AAGAGAAAAAGUAUUUCGCUUGCUGAAGAGAAAUCUUACAAUACAAAAAUGAAGAUAAAAGUGUCCUUGCCUCCACGGUACUUAGUCUCUUCUGUGGUAACGUCGCUGGGUGGCCUCUUGAAUGGGCUCGACACAGGAGUAAUUGGACCAGUUACUGUGAUGUCGAGUUUCACAGCUACCUUCGGCGAAAUUUCCUUCUCGCUCCAAGGUCUAAUAGUUUCAUGCGUACUUCUCUCCGCGACUUUCGCUUCGCUAUUUUCAGGGACGUUGUCGGAUACUUUGGGCCGCACGCGGGCUCUUGCUGCGGGGGCAUUAGUCUUUGGGGUCGGUGCUGUCAUUGAAGCUAUUGGAGCCGGCGAAGGACUGUUUCUUAGUACGCUAGUGGUUUACAUCUGUGAAAUCUCGCCAGCGGAGACUCGGGGACCUCUUGCGUCAAUGGUGAAACUUUUCAUCACCAUUGGGCUGAUGGUUGGAUUUUUCAUGUGUUAUGGAACUGUGAAAAGCUCUACCAGUUUUUCUUGGAGAUUUCCGCUUGCGCUCCAAGCUGGUAUCUCUUUUGCACUAGCUCUAUCAGCGCUAUACUAUCUUCCCGAGUCUCCUAAAUGGCUCAAUCAUCGUGGUCAUCUUGGCGAAGCAGAGAGGGCUUGGAACAAGCUAGAGGUAGCUGGAGCUGAUCGAGGACCGGAUACCUUCCAGGAGUCGGUGCAGCAUGAGCAACAAUUAGAUACUAAUUUCAUUACUCGAUUCCGCAGCUAUUAUCAUGAUGCUGUUCUCAAUACGCGGCGAGUGAUGGGCCCUGCAUCUCAGAAACAGGCCUUUCUAGCUGUCUUCCUUAUGUCUAUGCAGCAAUUAAGUGGAAUUGACGUGCUGUCAAUUAUUAUGGCAAUCAUAGGAUCCCUAUAUGCUUCUGGAAGCGUUCAUCAGACUUCUGGGCCCGGCCGAUGGGUGCAACCAGAGCGACAGUCACGGGCCUUGCUCAAAGUGCAAAUUGUGUAA